AUGCGCACCCUUUUCUUUACUAUCUUGACUCUGUCAAUCACAGUUAGCGGUAAACCUCUAGAAAACAACGUCGAGAACCUCAUAGACAUCCAUCCCCGCCAGACAAACAUAACAUGUCCAACUACGCCAAACCCCAUGCCCAAAGCAGCCGCCUUCCCUUCCGUUAAGACCAUGCCUGAUCCCUUCCUCUACCUCGAUGGUAAAACUCGCGUUCAGAGCAAAGACGAGUGGUUGCAAUGCCGUCAACCCGAGAUCCUCAAGCUCCUUCAGGAAUACCAAUAUGGCUACUAUCCAGACCACUCGCAAGAGACGGUCUCAGCAACGCGCAGCGGCAAUACCUUGACUGUUAGCAUCGCUACAGGCGGAAAGACGGCUAGCAUUGCCGCGUCGUUGAACUUGCCAAGCGGAAGCGGACCAUAUCCUGUGGUCAUAUCGAUUGGAGGCAUGGAUACGAAGAGUUAUACGAAUGCAGGUAUUGCAGUGGUGACAUUCGAUUACACCAAGGUUGCAGCAGACAGCAACAGCAAGAGUGGUUCGUUUUGGACGUUGUACAACGGCAAGGAUAUUGGGGUUUUGACUGCGUGGGCAUGGGGCUUCCACCGCGUCUUGGACGGCAUCGAACUCAAGGUUCCAGAGAUUGACGCGACCAAGUCUGGAGUCACAGGCUGUUCCCGUCUGGGCAAGGCUGCUUUGGCAGCUGGCCUGUUUGAUAAGCGUAUCGCUGUUACUAUGCCCAUGUGCUCUGGCGUUCAAGGCGCAGGACCGUACCGCUACAGCUUGAGCGGACAAGGAGAGAAUUUGGAAAACGCCAAAUCUGGGGCUGGAUGGUGGACCUCCUCGGGCAUCUCCCAGUUCGUCGGCAAGUCUACCCAGCUACCCUAUGACGCGCAUACUAUCGUCGCAGCCAUCGCUCCACGCGCAGUCAUCCUGUCGCAGAACGCCAACGAUCAGUUCACCGACUCCAAAGGCACUGCUCAAGUCACGUUUCCUGCGGCCAAGGUUGUGUACAGCUGGCUGGGUGUGGGUAAGCAGCUGGGCAUGAGUAUACCGUCUGGUGGACAUUGUGAUAUGAGCGGGUACGCAGACAUUCUGCCUUUUGUACAACAGGUGCUGCAGGGCAAGAGCACGACGAGGAACUAUGAUGACUUGAAGAAUUGGAAGGCUAUGCCCGAGGCUUAUCCUUGGGGCAGCGAUGUGCCAAAGGGGAAGUGA